AUGCGUAAGUGCAAGGUUUUUGUUGGAAAUUCGCAUCCUGAACUGGGUAAAUUGGUUUGCGAAAGGUUAGGUAUUGAACCUGCUCCAUGUACCCUGAAAAAGUUUGCAAAUGGUGAAACUUCUGUUCAAAUCGGCGUCUCGGUAAGGGAUGAAGACGUAUAUGUAAUUCAGUCAGGGUCACCCUCUAUCAACGACGACAUUAUGGAGUUGCUGAUUUUGGUUUCUGCUUGCAGAGGAGGUUCUGCCAAAAAAAUAACUGCUGUCAUACCUCAAUUUCCUUAUUCGAAACAGUGCAAGAUGAAGAAACACAGAGGUGCUAUAACUGCUCGUAUGUUGGCUAACCUGCUAAUUAUGGCCGGCGCUGACCACGUAGUCUCGAUGGACUUACACGCCUCUCAAAUGCAGGGUUUUUUUAGCAAGCCUGUUGAUAAUCUCUAUGGGGGACCUAGUCUGGCUAAAUGGAUUAGGGAGCACGUUGAGGAUUAUCGCGAUGCUGUCGUUGUUUCUAAAAAUCCUGGAGGCACGAAGAGAGUUACUGCUUUGGCAGAUUCUUUGAAGAUCAAUUUUGCAAUGAUUCAUACGGAUCGUCGUCGGUCAAAGGACUUAUACGCACAAAACAAGGAUAAGAAACAACUAAUGCAAAGAAAGCAAUCGAUGCUAAGAAAAAACAAGCCAAUCAUUAGACCUGGCGAGGCACCUGAUGAAGAAGAAAACAUAAUCCUGUCUAAUGGUAUCCAGACAGCAAGGAUCGUGAAAGGGCACGUUGUCGAUGAUGAUGAAUAUGGCGACGAAGAGGAUUGUAUUUUAGAUUCCGAUGUGGAAUCCCAUUCAUCCGUCAGCGACUCAUAUGCUUUGGGCGGCUCUUACGAUGCUGUGGACUCUGAUGAUGAUGAGGAGACAGAAUUUGGACAGCAGGAAAAACUCAUCACAUUGGUUGGCAACGUCAAUGGUCGUUCGGCCAUUAUUUUAGAUGACAUGAUUGAUAGACCAGGAUCUUUCAUAAGCGCUGCCGAGCAUUUAGUUAAGAACUGUGGCGCUAGGAAAGUUUAUGUGAUCGCUACACAUGGUGUUUUCACUGGAGAUUGCCUCGAAGAACUUGAAAAAUCAGAUGCUAUUCACCAAAUAGUUGUCACCAAUACCUAUCCUAUCUCGAAGAGUUGCCUGCAAAAAUCUAAAAAACUAGUUGUUAUUGACGUUUCUUCUAUUUUCGCGGAGUGUAUUCGUCGUGAUCACUAUGGUGAAAGUAUAUCCGUUCUUUUCGAUUCCUUGGCUUCACUAUAA